AUGGUCGGGCAUUGCUGCGCCUCGCGUAUCACCGCGGAGAAUCCAGACGAGGGCUUCAAGCCCACGAGCGGCAAGAUCAACAGCGUGAGGUUUCAGUCUGCCGGUGACUGCUGGGGCUACUUCAGCGUCGGCCUGAAGGGUGGCAUUCACGAGUUCGCCGACUCCCAGUUCGGUCACAUCUUUGCCAAGGGCCCGAACCGCGAAGCCGCAAGGAAGAGCUUGCGAUUUGCACUGAUGAACCUGGACAUCUCCGGCGACAUUCGUCAUCCCGUGGACUACUUGGUUGACCUGCUGGAGACCAAGGCAUACAAGGAGAACACGAUUGACACCAUGUGGCUGGAUGGGCUCAUCGCCAGCAAGGCCAUUGCCCCGAGCACAGCAGUGAUGGAUGUCGUCUUCUACGCCGCGGUGUACCGAGCCUUCUCCAUGGUCAAAUCCCGGACGCAGGACGCGAUUGCGUCUAUGCAGAAGGGACAGCUCGUUCUCUUGGGCAAAAGCGACACAGAUGCCCUGGUCAGUUUCCCGGUGGAGAUCACCUUCGACGAGAAGAAGUUUUCUUUCCAAGUUUCCAGGAAGCGAGCAGACCUGUAUGCCUUCACCAUCAACAACAAGACGCUGAAAGCCAAGGUGCGCGAGCAGCCGGACGGAUCCCUUUACGUCAGCAUCGGCAACAUCAGCCAGCAAGUGAAGGGACAGGAGGAAGCGCUGGGACUUCGCUUGAUUGUCGGUGGGCAGACCAUUAUGGUACCAACCGUGUACGACCCAUCAGAGCUGCGAUCUGACGUGAACGGCAAGGUGGUGCGCUACUUGCACGACGAGGGCACCGAAAUUCAGAAGGGCGAAGCAUACAUUGAGCUGGAGGCCAUGAAGAUGAUCAUGGCCUUGAAGUCCAGCGAGGCCGGCAAGGUGUCUCAUUCGCUGAGCCCGGGCAGCAUCGUCUCGGCCGGCGAAUUGUUGGCGAAGUUGGAGCUCAAGGACCCCUCCAAGGUGAAGAAAAUUUCGCCGUUCGAAGGUGAGUUUGACAUGAGCGCGAAGCCAGAGCCUGAUGCCCCAGCGCCACGGGAAGAUCUGUUGGCUCUUUUGGAUGGCUUCUAUGUGGACACGAAGGGACCGGCCCUGGUAGAGCAGGUCUUCUCAGGCUUCGCCAACCGGGAAGCUGCUGCCGAGACUGUGCGCGGUGUGCUGGAGAAGUACCUCUCCAACGAACGUCCCUUUGCGGCGUCCAUCCAGAACAAGCAGCCAUACGACAAGUUGCUUCUCGACUUGAUCAACGAGGGGAAGGAGUCCCUUGAGAAGGUUCUCUUCAUGGUGGUGGCGCACAACAAGCUGACUGAUCGCAGCGAGGCUGUAAUGGCCAUGCUCCGCGAAAUGGUCGCAGCGGAGGGCAGCGGAAUGUCUUGCAUGUAUGUCCCAGACAUGCGUGUGGAGGGCGACAUGGACGGCGCUGUCCAGGAAAAGAUUUCGGAGCUCUCCAUGCUGCCAAGCUCUGCAGCGGUGGCUGGCGACUACGGCAACGUUCGCUACCUGGCGCAGCAGUUGCUCGACGUGGUUCCUCAGGAGUCGUAUGAGGAGCGUGUGACGCAGUUCCGAAAGCAGCUCAAUGAGGUGAGCGACAAGGCUCUUGAGCUGCACAGCACGGAGGAGCUCCCCGGAGCGUUGGAUGGUGGAUUGGAGAUGGAAUUGCUGGUGGAAUCGCUCAGCGAUUCCGAUGCCAAGCUCCAGAAGAAAGCCAUGCACGCUUACCUUUCCUGGCUGACGGCACCGAACCGAUUGACCAAGGUGGACAUCUCCCAGGCCGAUUUCACGUGUGGAAGGCAACCAUUGAUUUCGCUAAGCGCGACGGAAGCCGAGCUGAUUGAUGCGAUAAAUGCAGUGCAGAUGAUGCAAGGGUUGGCGGUGAUCACCCAGCUACAACAGCAGGCGCCGACCUUGCAGCCCAAAGUCGAUAAGAUCACCCAGCUACAACAGCAGGCAGCAGGAACCGACCUUGCAGCUCAAAGUCGAUAG